AUGAAUACUGGAUGUGUCAUUAUACUACUAAUAUCACUCCUACCGGGCAUCAUAAUUGCCCAGUCGCAGAGGGAUGUAGCUGAAGACGACGAAUAUCGCAGCGCAAUGGCGCACUUGGAAGAUAUAGAGCGUACCUACCAGCGGAAGUACAUUCUAACCGCCGAGAAUGUGGAGAACAAUCUCUACAUCCCGCAAUUUGACUCCAAGACUGGCAACUAUAGAACAAGCUUGGAGUUGGAAACGCCACCGCCGCCAUUGCUUGUCCAAGAAGUGAUUCCACUUUUGGAAACAGCGGCGCUGCAGAACCAUUCGGAAGCUGCCGUGACGCUAGCGGAUUUGUUCAUGUUUGGCAAUUUUUCCCUACCGCCGGACUACAAGAAGGCAAAGCAGUACUACGAAAAGGCGCUUAGUAUAGCGCCAAAUGGCCACGCGUACUUUAUGCUAGGUUUCAUCUACUCAACAGGGAUGUUUGGAGAAUUUGAAGCUGAUCCAGAACGCGGGAACUUGUACUACCAAUUUGCGAUGGAAAACGGAGACAUCAAUGCGUUGCUCGUGUUGGCUUACCGCAAUCUCAAAGGUAUAGUUGUUCCACAAGACUGUGAGAUGGCCUUGCCCAUCUACUCCAAGUUGGCCAGUAUCGGGUUGCACUGGAUACUGAACUGGAACCAUCCGAACGAAGUUAGUUACAAUAUCCGAAUCUCCGAUUUCAACGGCGGAAUCUUUGGAGAAAAACUAAGCGAAACCAGCUCGUCCAUCAAGAUGCGAUCGCGGGUGUAUGCAGACUUGAAGCAGUCGUUCGAGGAGACAAAGUUGAACGCGAAUGACCACGAGUAUGUAUCCUUGUACUACGACGGUGUGGGGCAUAUGAUGGGAGACUAUUUUGUCUCUAGAAACUUGACAAAAGCGUUUUUAAAAUUCCAACAGUGUGUCGAAUUGGGGGAGGAAAUCUACGGUGCAAACGACUACAAAAACGUGGGGCUGAUUGAUCGCAUGUAUUUAAGCUCGUGCCAAACACACUUGGCCAGGAUGUAUUUCAAGGGUGUCUCUGUACCGAGAAACGUUGCCAAAGCUGAGCACUACUAUAACAUGUCUUUAAAAGUGCAGGCAACGCCAGAAGUGUUGAAUGACUUGGCCGUGAUUGAAGAGGAGGGCCUACUUAAAAAGGCAAAUUACUCGCGAGCAGUUGAACUCUAUGCGUCAGCGGUUGCCAAAAAAUCGCCUGAAGCCAAUAAGAACUUGGCCAAGUUAAUGAUGAAAAUCUAUGGCGACGAUCUCAGCGCCAACGCGCACCGGAGCGAGGUCUACAAGCACAUGAAGGACGCGGCGUAUUUGGGAGACACGGAAGCGUUGUUCUACAUGGGCCGCUUUUUGGAGUCGGGCUUGGCCGCGAGUGCUGACCCAGCAGAGCAAAUCACGUGCUCGAAAACCGUCAUGUACUACAGGGAAUUUGUCAAGAGGCUAAGUCGGUUCUUCACCCCUCAUUUGAAAUAUGCGUUUGAAGAGUUGAAAUGCGGCAACUAUAAAAACUCGCUAGUCGGGUAUCUGAUUGCCGCAGAGCAAGGAUUUGAACCGGCACAGGUUUCAGCCGCGUACUUGCUUUACCAACUUCAACCUUUGUCGGAGGCAACCAAGGUGUUUGCAGUCAGUCGAGUAAAGAAUGCUAUGAAGUACUUGGACGGCGCUUCGAGACAAGCAAAUGUUGAUGCCACCAUUUUACUUGGAAGCUUGCUUGCUGGAGAAGACCCCAAAGCUCAAAUAGAAACAGACCCAGAACGUGCUUUUAGCUAUUUCCGCCUUGCAGCUGACCGGCACUCCUCGUAUGGGGCUUACAAGUUGGCAGAGAUGUACGAAAACGGGUUGGGCCCAGUCAAUAACACUACCGACUACUACCUUGCCAAGCGGUACUAUGAUCAGAGUCUUCAGUACAGAGAAAAGUUUGACUUUGACAGACUGGUGACAUUAAACAAGGGUUCUUUAAACAAGGCGCACAUUAGCUGGGCGAUGUUGAGAUUGCGGUUCAAGUAUCUUUUCAACAGAAAAGCUUUCAAGAACAACCAAAUGGAAAACUCGCUGGACAGUUGGUUAAAUGCGUUUAAAAAGAUUGGGAAAAAGUCACCAAACAAGGAAAAGGAUUUCGAACUGCGAGAGCACAAUUCAAGGGCUGAUGCGCACCAUCUUGGAGGAACGCACGAGCACGAUUACGUUGAGAGCUAUGACCUUGGCGACUACUUGGUGAUUGCUUUGACUUUUGUCUUUUUUUCAAUUUUUUUCUUCCAGAAUGUUUUGAGACAGGUGCGGCAAAUUCGCAAUGGACGUCCACUUGCUGCAAAUCAAAAUAGAGAAGCGGCAGGAGCAGGAGGUGCAAGAGGAAACGAAAACGGCGAACAAAAUUGGGGAUGGAAUGGGAACCAGUUCAACUUUAGAAGAGGAAAUUUCGAGUUCCAUUUCUUUGCAAUAUAA